UCAUAAAUAGAUAGACAGACGGUAGGAUCCAACAAGUAUUUCAUGAUGAAAAACACAUGCAAAAUUGGAGGUAUGGGGCAAAUCAUGAACAUAUUCGGGUUUGUGUUGUUGCUGUUGAGCGUGUCGAUGGUGGAGCAAACAGAGGCGAAAGGUUACGAGAUGCCACCCAACUGUGGUCACCUCGAGUGUGCUCCGUACAGAGUUAUUCAAAGCCGGCCGGAGUUUGAGAUAAGAAGUUAUUCGAAGGCUAUAUGGGUGGCUACUUCCCCCAUCACCUCUUCCUCCUACAAGGAUGCUGUUUCCAAAGGCUUCAAAAUCCUCCUUGCUUACAUUCGGGGCAACAAUGAGGAAGCAGUGAAAAUGAAUAUGACAGCACCAGUUCUGGUAAACAUACAUCCGACCACUGGAGGUCUCCACAACUUAACCUACGUUGUUCACUUCUACAUGCCUCAAAUAUUCCAAAGAAACCCUCCCAGAUCGGCCGAAGCACAGCCGGUGGAGCUGCCUCCGAACAAAUUUGCAGCAGUGAGGAGAUUUGGGGGCUUCAUGGAUGAUUCCAAUAUCUCUGCGCAAAUAUCAGCCCUGAAGAAAAGCAUCAAAGGCACUUCUUGGGAAUCGAAUAAACGCAGUGGCAGCCGCUCUAUGCAGUACAGUGCUGCUGGUUACAACUCUCCCUUCGAAUACGAGAAUCGUGUGAAUGAAGUGAUGUUAUGGUUCGAUUAGCUUUCAUUAAUCCUAGACAAAAGGAUAUGUUUCCCGAAGCUAUAAAAAUAUUUUCUUGUUUCC